AUAAAAUACUAAAGUUUACAAGAAGGGAUUCUUUGGCCUCCAUUUUAGGAAAAAUUUGGGAAGGCCUUAGCAUUGAAGAUCAGCACAAAAACCUUGGGAAGUAUCUGAGGUGAGUUGCACUUAAAAGAGAAAGCAGUGUCCCAGGAGAGAAUCUUAGUAUUUGUUGAAAUUAGAGCAGUGAAUGAACAAGCAGAAACCACACAUAUGCCUAGCUGCAUUUUUGUUCAUUCACAAGAAAAUUUUCACAAAAAAGUUUCAUUAAUUUGACUUAUACAUUGAGUGUUUGAACCAUAAAUCAGUAGGAAAUAAUUGUAAGGAAACCCCAUAUGUAAGAAAUAUUAAUAGUUGUGCUUGUGCCCUUUUUGAGAGCAUUUAGUUUAUUCUACUCUAACAAUUCAAAUAGGCCCAAAAACCUACUUUUUUUACUGACAUGAUUAACUGAGUAAAAUGGAAUCCUAAUAUUUAUUAGUAAAUAUUAAUAAAUUGUUGUUGUUAGGUGUCAAGUCAGUUCCAACUCACAGCAACACUAUACACAACAGAACGAAACACUGCCCCAUCCUGCACCAUCCUCACAAUUGUUGCUAUGCUUGAGCCCAUUGUUAAUAUAUGAAUCAUUAAUAUACUAUAAAUAACAUACUUCCCUAUUUUAACAGAAAUCAUAUGGUUGAGAGACUCUGUGAAGGUACUAAACGUAAUAGAUGUGGAGAAACUUUCAGCCAGAUUCCAAAUAUUAGUAUGUACAAGAAAACUCUUACUGGAGUCAAUCCAUACAGAUGCAGUGAGUGUGGAAAAAUCUUCAUACAUCAUACCUCCCUUAAGAGGCACAUUGCAAAUCACACUGGAUACAAACCAUAUCAGUGUCAGGAAUGUGGGAAAUCCUUUCGGUUUCCAUCAGACCUAAGAACGCAUGUGAAAAGUCACAGUGGAGAAAGACCUUACGCGUGUAAAUUAUGCAGUAGAACCUUCAUUUAUCUCCAUUCCUUUUUAAGACAUGAAAGGACCCAUACUAAAGAGAAACCGUAUGAAUGUAAGGAAUGUGGGAAAACCUUCAAGUGUCACUCAUCUUUACCAGUACAUAUGAGAAUGCACAAUGGAGGGAAACCCUAUGAAUGUAAACAAUGUGGCAAAGUCUUUCUUUGUGCCCCAUCUUUACAAAAUCAUAUGAGAUUGCACAGUGGAGAGAAAACCUAUGAUUGCAAGCAAUGUGGGAAAGCUUUCAUUCAUCCGACACACCUUCAAAGACAUAUGAGAACACACACAGGAGAAAAACCCUAUGAAUGUAAGCAUUGUGGGAAAGCCUUCAGUGAUAGUGAUUACUUUCAAAGACAUGAAAGAACCCAUAGUAAAGAGAAACCCUUUGAAUGUAAGGAAUGCGGGAAAACCUUCAAGUGGUCAUCAUCUUUACGGACACAUAAACGAUUGCACAGUGAAGAGAAAACUCAUGAAUGUAAACAAUGUGGCAAAGUCUUCCUGCUUUCCUCUUCAUUACAACAACAUACGAGAUUGCACAGUGGAGAGAAACCAGGGUUUCGAACCGGUUCAUUCCAGUUUGAACCCCUGCUGAGAAUUUGCAUUUCCACCUCAGAUAUACUGAGUCAGAAUCUACAUUUUAACGACAUCCCCAGGUGAUUCUUUAUGUAUAAUGAAU